AAUAUAUUACAAUUGAAGAUGGCUCAAAAUGGUUCACUAGAAGAAUUCUUGGCUGUUGCAGUUGAUGCAGCUAAAAGAGCUGGAGAGAUAAUCCGCAAAGGAUUUCAUGAGACUAAGCAUGUGGUGCACAAAGGCCAGGUGGAUUUGGUCACGGAGACCGACAAGGCAUGUGAAGAUCUCAUAUUCAAUCAUCUCAAGCAACAUUUUCCGAGCCACAAGUUCAUUGGUGAAGAAACAGCGGCUGCUACUGGAGAUUUUGAGUUAACUGAUGAACCGACUUGGAUAGUUGAUCCGGUUGAUGGAACAACUAAUUUUGUGCAUGGGUUUCCUUCUGUCUGUGUCUCGAUUGGACUCACAAUUGGGAAGAUUCCAACAGUUGGCGUUGUUUAUGACCCAAUUAUUGACGAGCUUUUCACUGGAAUUGAUGGGAAGGGUGCGUAUCUUAAUGGGAAGCCUAUCAAAGUAUCUUCGCAGUUCGAACUUGUGAAGUCCCUCCUUGGCACAGAGGUCGGAACUACACGGGAUAACUUAACUGUAGAAACUACAACGAGGAGAAUCAAUAACCUGCUUUUCAAGGUUAGAUCACUCCGAAUGUGUGGUUCGUGUGCACUUGAUCUCUGUUGGGUGGCAUGUGGAAGGCUUGAACUCUUCUAUUUAAUUGGAUUCGGAGGCCCUUGGGACGUGGCUGGUGGUGCUGUAAUAGUGAAGGAAGCUGGAGGCGUCCUGUUUGAUCCAUCUGGUUCGGAAUUUGACAUCACAUCACAACGUGUAGCUGCCACGAACCCUCAUCUCAAGGAAGCGUUUAUCGAGGCCUUGCAGCUAUCUGAAUGAGUAUCAUAGGAGAUGGAAAGCGGACACUUCAGAACCAGUUAAGUUCUUUCAUUAUUGAACCUGAUAAAGCUCCAUCUUGUGGAUGUGAGCAUAUUAGGCCAAGAAAAUUUACUACUUGUCCUGCAUUACAAGUUCCAUUAUCGCUAGCUGAGAUAUUGCUACUGAUUUUCUUUUAGUAGCUACUGUAAUCUUGCUAUAUGGUCUAAGAAACUGUGUAAAGCUCAUGUGUGACCUACAAAAAUGUCUUCUUGUUUUGUUUGCAAGAAGCUGACAUUAAUAAUAGAACAUAUCUU